GGGGGGAGGUUUCGUCAUGGCUUCCUCCUCGACAUAAAUAAAGAGAAACGCUAUUUGUGAGCGGCAGCAGCAGAACAGGAAGCAGAGAGGCGACCGCAGAGGAGUCUGCUGCACUACAACAGCCAAAGAGAGAUGACUUCCUAAACACAGAGACUCCGCUAGCAGACUAGAGGAAGCUGAAAGACAUCCACAUCUUACUAGACGGAGCUCGGGGAGGCGAGAAAUGGAGAAACAGCAGCAUUCGUCGGGUUCAGAGAGUCCGGUGCUGCCGCCUGUCCCGCGUAAACCGAGGAGCCUCGGAGGAGUCAUCCCUGCACCUCGUCAAGACAUCGUGGAUCUACCAGACAGUCCUACUGGAUCUCACGUGGAGUGGUGUAAACAGCUGAUAGCGGCCACUAUCUCCAGCCAGAUCUCUGGUGGUGUCCCUCCAGAAGCCAUUACCCGUGAAUACAAGGUUGGGAAGAAGAUAGAUUUCAAGGUAUCCAGGAGGACAAAUCUGAGGUCUCAGGACUCUGGUGAAGAUGGCUGUCAGUUUGACAGUGACUAUGAACUGCCAUCUCACACUACGCAGGCUUUCAAGGAUGUGCGACGGCAGGCCCCCAUGGAUGAAGUCCCACUGGUCCCUGGAGAGACAGUCAAAACCACUGUUAAAGAUGUGAUGUAUAUCUGUCCUUUCACUGGAGCUGUGACCGGCACACUCACAGUCACAGACUACAAACUCUACUUUGUCAGUCUAGAACGGGAUGCUCCUUACAUAUUGGAUGUGAACCUGGGUGCCAUCAGCAGGUUGGAGACUAUCAGUGUCCAGAGUCUUGGGGAGAAUACUAGUGGCAUGGAGAUUGUCUGUAAGGAUAUGAGGAGUCAGAGGUUUGCUUAUAAAAAGGAAGAACAGAGUAACCUGGAGAUUUUGGAGGUGUUGACCAAGUAUGCCUUCCCCUUGUCCAAUGAGCUGUCACUAUUCGCCUUCCAAUACAAAGAGCAGUUUCCAGAGGAUGGAUGGAAGGUUUAUGAUCCAGUGGCUGAAUAUAAAAGAUUGGGUUUGCCAAAUGAGAGCUGGACCAUCAGUAAGAUCAACAGUAAUUAUGAAGUGUGUGACACUUACCCUGCUCUGCUUGUCACCCCAACCAGUAUUAAAGAGGACGAGAUCAAACGAGUGGCCUCUUUCAGAGUAAAACAUCGCAUACCAGUCCUCUCAUGGAUCCACCCAGAAACUCAGGCCACUAUAGUUCGCUGUAGUCAGCCUAUGGUGGGGCCGACAGACCGCCGGUGUAAGGAGGAUGAGCAUUACCUCCAGACCAUCAUAGAUGCCAAUGCACAGUCCCAUAAACUCACCAUAUUUGACGCACGACAGAGUAUUGUUGCUGAAAAUCACAAGGCUAAGGACGGAGGUUUCGAGAAUGAAAAUUUCUAUUCUAACAUGGACCUGAAUUUCCUGGAUAUCCCAAACAUUCAUGUUAUGAGAGAGUCUCUGCGUAAGCUGAAGGAGGUGGUCUACCCUACCAUCGACGAACCCCACUGGCAUUCAGCCAUAGAUGCCACACACUGGCUGCAGAACAUACGGCUUUUGCUUGCGGGUGCGGUGAAGAUUGCAGAUAAGGUCGAGUCGAGUAAGAGCUCUGUGGUGGUGCACUGCAGUGACGGCUGGGACCGCACGGCUCAGCUCACCUCUCUGUCCAUGCUGAUGCUGGAUUCAUACUACAGGACUCUCAGGGGCUUCCAGGUGCUGCUGGAGAAGGAAUGGAUCAGCUUCGGACACAAGUUCGCUGCGCGUGUUGGUCAUGGAGAUGAAAAUCAUGCAAACUCCGAGCGCUCGCCUCUAUUUGUGCAGUUCAUAGACUGUGUUUGGCAGAUGAUGAGACAGUUUCCCACUGCCUUUGAGUUUAAUGAGCUCUUCCUCAUCACUAUCCUGGAUCACCUCUACAGCUGUCUGUUUGGGACAUUCCUUUACAACAGCGAACAGGAGCGAGUGGAAAAUGAAGUGAACAGUAAAACGGUGUCUUUGUGGUCCUACGUCAAUAGCCAGCCAGAGGACUUCACCAACCCCUUCUAUGUGGACUAUGAAAACCAUGUUCUGUACCCUGUGGCCAGUCUCAGACAUCUGGAGCUCUGGGUUGGAUACUACGUACGCUGGAACCCCCGUAUGAGACCACAGAUGCCUGUGCACCAGAACCUGAAGGAGCUGCUGUAUCUUCGUGCAGAGCUACAGAGGAAGGUGGAGGAGUUACAGAAAGAAGCAUCUUCAUCACACUCUAUCUCCUCUUCAUCAGAGCAUGCAUAUUCUCCUUCGAAUGGCGGUACGCCGCUACACACCUCUGUGUAAAUUCGAGAAUUCUUCAUUAACAGAAUGUGUGGAAGGAAUCUAUAGGUUACAGUAAACAUAGGUAUGUGAAGUCUUUAUCUAUUGGUCGUUUCUCACUGGAUAAUAAUGCUUUGGGCAGGAUGUAUAGAGGCCCAGCACAUACACUUGUGUAAACUAGCAUGAACGCCAAAUAAUUGUGUCUCCCACACAAUUCAGGUUCAGUUCAGUUGUUUGGAUCUGCUCUUAAAGACUGAUAACCAGGAAAGCGUUUGAUCGUAAUGAAGUUUAUGAAAAGUUUAUGGCCAGUAUUUGUCUUGUAAUUAUUGACAUCAUUUUAAUAAUUUAUUUGUGUGUAGUCUUAUAUUUCACAGCAUUUCUGUGCUUUGUCUGUAGUUUUUGUUCAAUAUUUUUGCUUUACUGCCUCAGCAUUGCCUGCCUUUAUGCUAAUACCAUACCAACCUUUUAACUGGUCACUCAAAAUUUUUUAUUCCUCUAUCAGCUUGUGUUCUUAUUGUGUCUUAUGUUCCAUAAGCAAUGGGGUUUUGAAUUGCUAUUGCUUUUGCCAUUACUGCCAAUUUGAAACCACAUACUGUAUUUGUUUUUUUCUUUAGCACUUGCUUGUAUGAAAGUGGAAUUAGGUUUUAAUGUGCAUACCCUACUACUGCACUACUACUGUACUUUCACGUACUACUGAAACGUAUGUUUACACAAGGUAAAGGGACCAUCUGAUAUAUAUGUAUAUAUCAACUCAUGAUUGAUUAAGCUAGUGCAAAUAUCUUGUUUUAUCUGUUUUGACUUUAGAAAUGGUCAACAGUUCAGAUCAUUUGAACAGGCGAUGCCAUAUAAUGUUUAAAAAAUAUGUAAUAAUCAUAAUGCACCUUAAAAAAAUUAUGUAUUUGUUUUGA